AUGAAGCUUUCCCAAAUAUUUACUCUUGCUACUGCAGCAGCUGCAGCAGGUUUAGCUAUUGCAGAAAAGGUCAACUAUGAUGGCUACAAAGUUUUCCGCCUCAAAGCUCAAAAGAAUAAUAUCGAGAAGAUCGAUGACAUCGUCUCUUCGUUGAAUCUUCAAACAUGGAAAAAAUCUGCCAAACUUGGAACAGCUGACGUGGUUGUACCACCCGAGCAGAUCGACAACUUCUUGAGAAUUACUGAAGAUUUCUCAAAACAGGUCAUGCACAACAACCUUGGAGAAUCUAUUGCGGAAGAGGAACACGCUGAUACAUAUUCCAUAGAGGCUGCCCUUGCACCAAAUGCUACGUGGUUCACAGCAUACCAUGCAUAUGCGGACCACAUACAAUUCCUUAAAGAUCUUGUCACUGCACAUCCAUCAAAUGCUGAGAUCGUGACUGCUGGAACUUCAAUUCAAGGCAAUCCUAUUACUGGGAUUCAUAUUUAUGGUAGUUCCGGCAAGGGAGUUAAGCCAGCCGUGCUUUUCCACGGUACUGUGCAUGCUAGAGAGUGGAUCACAACUUUGACUGUUGAAUAUGUGGCGUACAACCUUCUCUCAAAUUAUGCCAGCAACACGGAGAUCAAGGGAUUUGUUGACAAAUAUGACUAUUAUAUUUUCCCAGUUGUAAAUCCUGAUGGCUUCUUGUACACACAAAGUACCAACCGAUUGUGGCGUAAGAAUCGUCAGACACCACCAUCCUCUUCAACUUGUUAUGGUAGAGAUAUCAAUCGAAAUUGGGCGUACAAGUGGUCAACUGCUGGUGGAGCUUCCACGAACCCUUGCGAUGAAGAUUAUAGGGGAGUUGCUGCAGCUGAUGCCCAAGAAACUAAAGCACUUGCUGCAUACUCAAACAAGAUCAAGGCAGCACAAGGUUUAAAACUUUUCAUUGAUUUCCACUCGUACUCUCAACUCAUGAUGUCUCCCUACGGAUACUCUUGCACUGCAUUACCAGAGAACAAUGCCAAGCACCAAUCUCUUGCAGCAGGUUAUGUUGCUGCCGUGAAAGCUGUUUAUGGAACCGUUUUCACAUAUGGUCCUAUUUGUUCCACCAUUUAUGCAGCCACUGGAAACAGCGUAGAUUAUCAUGAUGCAACCGUUGGUGCUGAUUUCUCUUUCACCACUGAACUGAGAGAUACUGGAACUUAUGGUUUCGUUCUACCCGCUACCCAAAUCACACCCAGUGUCAUCGAGGCAUAUGCUGGAGUAAGAUCUUUGUUGAUCAACAUGACAUGA